AUGAAGAUAAAAAUUGACAUUAUACAUUUUAUUAACGCCCCCCCUUUUUUUUUUUUUUUUGUUGAUGCAGAAGCCUCGCAACUUAAAGCUUUUCAGUUGUUUCUUCUUGGUCAUAUUUUUUAUACAUAUAUACAUACAUAUAUUUGUGAUUUUGAUGAGUUCGAGACUAAAGACCUUGCAGAGGGAAAGAUAGGCGAUUUGAUUUCCAGACUGGAGUUCUGUUCAAAUGCGAUAAUUGAAUCCUUGCCAAAUACAUUCCAAUCCUUUGUCCCGGUCAAAUUCAGUACGGACAAGCUUCUUGAAGAAUCGAAAGGUCUUCUCGAUGUUUGA